GCUGUUUGGGAGUCGAGGCGAGGCGAGCGGGAGCGGGAGCGGCGCUGCGUCCGGGAGCGCCUCAGCCAGAGAGGGGUUGCGCGGUCCGGCGCGAACGGAGGCGGAGGCAGAGAGGCAGAGGCAGAGGCGGCAGCAGCAGCUUUCCGGGCAGGGAUCCUUGCGACGAGGGAUCCACGCCGCGAUGUCCUCUCCUUCCAAGGCGAAGGAGGUCUUCUCCUCCUCGGACGAGGAGGGCCCCGUGGCGGCGGCGGCGGCGGCGGCGUCAGUGGCCGCGGCCGAGGAGGCCCACCACAAAGUCAAGGUCUCGAGUUUGCCGUUCAGCGUGGAAGCGCUCAUGUCCGACAAGAAGCCUCCCCGAGAGCCCGCCGGCGGCGGCGGCGGCGGCGGCGUGGAGGGGGCCGGCUGCUUGGGCGCUUCUGCUUCCUCUUCUUCUUCCAGCCGGAACUUGCUCUUGCCGGCUCCCGUCGCCCGGGAAGCUCCCAGCCCCGGGGGGCUUACAAAAACCUUCGAGACCUCGUCGGUGAAAUCCGAGAACUCCGAGGACGGCUCGCCCUGGAUCCCCGAGGCCGGCCGGUACUCUCCUCCGCCAAGACACCUGAGUCCCACAGCCUGCACACUGAGAAAACACAAGACCAAUCGGAAGCCCCGCACCCCUUUCACCACCUCCCAGCUGCUAGCUUUGGAGCGCAAAUUCCGUCAGAAGCAAUACCUCUCCAUUGCGGAAAGGGCUGAGUUUUCAAGCUCGCUGAACCUCACAGAGACCCAGGUCAAAAUCUGGUUCCAGAACCGAAGAGCCAAGGCAAAGAGACUGCAGGAAGCAGAGCUGGAGAAGUUAAAAAUGGCAGCCAAGCCCAUGUUGCCUUCCGGCUUUAGUCUUCCUUUCCCCAUCAAUUCCCCUCUCCAGGCUGCUUCCCUCUAUGGAACGUCCUAUCCCUUUCACAGACCUGUGCUUCCGAUCCCACCUGUAGGACUCUAUGCUACUCCGGUUGGAUACAGCAUGUACCACUUAUCCUAAGAAGACUGGGAAGCAAAGCACAGCAGCAAUGCCGUAUGAGACUUUCUGAUGGAUCUCCUCCUAUUGAAGAGUGCAGUACGAAACCAGGACUGGUGAUUUUUUUUUCCCCCUGCAUGUUUAUAUGUGCCUUAUAAGUAUAUAGAAGUUUGAACACAGACACUGUAUUCUACAGGUUGGGGAACCAGCCUGGUGUCAUCUUGACUUUAUGAAUCUGAUCCUGAAAGAGAGGGAUUUUUUU